AUGCCCCUGGAACCCCCGCCAACGUACAUGGAGGCUUGCUCCAGGCCUCCUGGUUACACUGCAACUCGUGCCCAUCAUCAUUGUCCCACCUGUACCUGCCUACCUCGCACUCGUCGGAAUUCUGAUGCAGAGUGGGCCUCUCCUGCACACAAAUUAAUUCGUAUUCAUUUCUUUGAUUCUCCGUACAGUGAGGAAUAUACGGAACUUCAUUUCCCUCUCGACGAGGAUGGCUAUCUGGACUACGAAAAACUUGCAAAGACAUUGGGAGUCAAGGAAGUCGUGCGGAAGGAGCUCUUAGGCCGCCUGCUCGUACAGACUGCACUCCGAGAACCGGCAGAUCUUAUACGAAGAGCAAUGUGGUUCAAGCAACUUACUAUAGUUGAAUUCAGCCGCUGCCAGACAGAGCCAAUACUCUAUAGUGAGUCGCUCACUCGGCUGAACGUCCAAGUGCAUAUUCGAUGGUAUCCCUCGCCCACCUCGGAUAUUGCGCUUUUUGAGGAGACAUUUGAGGAUAUUGACCUGUUCAAUUGUCUCUCCCUUGGGCGCAUUGCGCGAAAGCAUGGCAUACUGAAUGUCCAAAUCUUUGAUCCAUGCACCAUGAAGCGCCUCCCGACGAAUUUCAUGCAUGUCCUCUUCCCGCGUGAACGUGCGCGCGUGAGGGGCAAUAGGCCCUACAUUGCUAUCACCGAUGCUGCUGUGCCUCUUCCCAUGGAAGGUAUAGACAAUGCACAGCUCAUUGGAGAGGCGGGAAGCCCUGUGUUUGACACUGCCGGUCGCCUUGUUGGAUGUCAUUUUCAUAGCAAGCUGACUACCAAUGAUGAAUGGCGGCGCCUCCUUGCCCGAAUAUUAGGACGAUGA